GGACCCGAAUGGAAAAUCCCCGUCCAUGUCUAUUCGUUUCUUUGAGGAGAAGAAAGAGAGCAAAGAGAGAAAGAGGUUUUGGGGGAUUUAAAUAGAGAGAGGGUCGAAAAAGGGUCUCACAGAUUUAUUCAAUCGCCAUGGCCGCUUUGCAAUACCUGGAAUCACUGCGCGCGGCCCAUCCGGAGCUGGCAGAAUGGUACAACUCUCUUGCAGAUCUGUACCAGAGGAAGCUCUGGCACCAACUCACUCUCAAACUCGAACAGUUCGUCGCUCUUGCAGUCUUUCAGGCGGGUGAUGCUCUCAUUCAGUUAUAUCAUAAUUUUAUCACUGACUUUGAGACUAAGAUCAAUCUUCUCAAGCUCGCACAUUUUGCUGUCAUAGUUUCUAGGCAGUAUACAGAGAAAGAAGCUGCUGUACGUUACCUUGAAGGGGUAAUUGAAAAGCUUCGAGGUACUAGAGAGUUACGUAUAGAGGAGCCCAUUCUAUACAUAAAGAUGCAAAUAGCUGUUUUCAAUCUUGAGAAGGGGGACCAAAAAGAGUGCAAGAAACUUUUAGAAGAUGGGAAGAGUACACUUGACAGUAUGACUGACAUUGAUCCUUCUGUAUAUGCCAGCUAUUAUUGGGUUUCAUCUCAGUAUUAUAAAUCUCGUCAAGAAUUCGCAGAAUUCUAUAAAAGUGCUCUUCUAUAUCUGGCAUACACAUCAGUGGAGUCUCUCUCUGAAACAUUUAAGCUGGAUUUGGCAUUUGAUUUAUCGCUUUCUGCGCUGCUGGGAGAUAAUAUCUAUAACUUUGGAGAACUGCUUGCUCAUCCAAUUAUAAAAAGUCUUCUGGGGACAAAGGUUGAGUGGCUUUACUAUAUACUCCAGGCAUUCAACUCUGGUGAUUUAGUCCGCUAUCAAGAAUUAUGCCGUGUCCAUAAUGCUGCUCUGAGUGCUCAACCGGCAUUAGUUCAGAAUGAGAAGAAGCUACUGGAAAAGAUUAACAUUCUCUGCUUGAUGGAAAUCAUCUUCAGCCGUCCUUCAGAAGAUCGUACUAUUCCCUUGAACAUCAUUGCAGAACGCACCAAACUUUCUGUGGAGGAUGUGGAGUAUCUUCUCAUGAAGAGCCUUUCUGUUCAUCUUAUUGAGGGCAUCAUUGAUCAAGUUGAAGGGACAGUUCAUGUGUCGUGGGUGCAGCCAAGAGUUUUGGGUAUUCCACAGAUCAAAUCGUUGCGCGACCGACUUGACAAUUGGGUGGACAAAGUGCACACUGCUUUGCUCUCUGUGGAGGCAGAAACACCUGAUCUAGUUGCAUCAUGAACCCACCCCGGGUUUCUUAAUAUUUGUUUUUACCUGUGUAACAAUUUUCUUGUAACACCCGGAAAAGAUGGCAAAGAAGAAAAAGGGGAGGGUGGAUGUUGCUUGGGCCUUACUUUUAAUGCUUCCUUUCAUAUUCUCUUGAAUUAUUUUCUCUGGAAGGACCAAAAAUUUCUUUGUAUUUUCACUAUGAAGUUGUCAGUUUUACGGAUUAUGCUUAGGACAUGGGUGAGUCGAUUGGAAAAUGGCGGAUAUUGAUGACUGCUUAUAUCAAAGUAUGUAGUUCAAAUAUUCUAGA